GCCAUCCUCGCGAGACUUCACUCAACCCCAACCUGGGCAACCCUCUGCCAUCGCGCCGGACCUCCGCUUCCUCCGCCGGCCACCCGUCGUCUCGAGGAGCCUCCACCGCACCCAACCUGGCCUCACCCACCGCCCUGGCCCCUAUCUCCGCCGCCGCGUAGUGCAGCGAGGCCGCUGUGAAAGCAACGCCGGACUGUCACGCCUUCACAUCUGUUGGCCUAAGUCCCUCGCGCGUUGCAAACCUUCAUCUCGAGGCCGCACAUCGUUCAGCCGUCGUCAACUCACUCACGCACGAUGGCUGCCGCCAACGGCACCCUGACGCCUCCCGCACAGGACCCUUCUUCUUCGCCCUCUUCUGCAAAGCGAAAGCGUUCUGAUGCGGAAGCAAUUGGCCCAGUUGCCAAUGGCGCGUCCACUGCCCAUGGCAAUGUACUUGACAAGAACAACCUUGUGCCAUACCAAGCGCUUGACGACAUAGUGUCGGUGCUCGAGAGCUACGAUACGCAGCCUUCCAUUUUAAAACAACCAAUUGUUUCCUCGACGCAAAGGACGACGUCUGGCGAGUCUGAAUUGAAGCGCACCAAGCUGACGCCGGUAACAAUCGCCGAUCUCGUAAAGGCGUCCUCAUAUACGUCCCUUGAACUCUUCCAAAGGGACGUGGAGUCCGCCAUUUCGGCUGUUCUCUCCCGUUUUGAUGCCGAUGAAACGUCCUCGAUGCCCUUAACGCCGGAGAUCGCGAAGGCUCGGGCGAGCGUCCUAGCAUUCCGCAAGAUCGCGAAAGCUCUGGUAGCAAGAGAGGAAGCGCGCAGAGAUGGGGUUGUCGGAAAAGUGCAACCAGCCGAUAGCGGGUCAGAUGGCGCCGGUAUCAACGGCCAAGUCAAAGCAGAGCCAUCCCUUGACGACGAGAUGCCGGAGAGCCAGGUGGCUCUGACCUUAUACGGCACUGCGCAGGGACCUAAACAACUAUUUUCCAGCCUGCAGCAGCCGGUUAGCAUCCUCCCUGCUGGAAAGGGGCCCUCUGCUGGCUUGGACACGUCCGUGAAGGUGACUUUGCCGCUAAAUGAGUCCGCUUUGCCCAACAUCAUUUCCACCACGGAAGUGUUCCCCCUGCCGGAGGAUGACCAGAAAAGUAAAAGUAAGACCUUCGGUGAGGUCUUUCCGCCACCUCCGCACAUACCGCAGUUGAGCCCUCCCAAACUGGCAAAGCCGCAGACGGGCAGAGGAAAUACAAUCACGUUUGCUCCCCAGGAUUCAACCCCUCCAACUCGCACCAGUUCCCGCACAUUUUCCAAUCAACCUCUGGCUACCGGCCACUGGCUAGGCUAUGGAGGGGUAGACAUGCCCAAAGACGCUACUUCGCCUACGGCGAAGCAAAAGAGUCGUCAGCGUGCACUCAGCACGGGCGAAGCCCAGCUUCCCCCCUCGGAGGCUACGCUUGCUGCGGUGCAGAAAGCGAAGGAGGAUGCGCUUUUUCGGAGCGCAUUUUCGAGCUUUGCCCCUAGCAAGGAUGACUCCAUGGCCGUAGUUCCCGAAGAAACGAAGAACAUGGUUUGGUGGCACAAGGUGGGCGAAAAGCGGUUCCGGGAGACGUUCCCUAUUGAUCCUCUUCUGCUCCGUGGAGACGAAGCCAUUGAUGUUGGUGCCGAUGGUCUCCCUGAUGAAGAGACUCUGUUCAAAGAUGCCGUGGAAGACUUCAUCCCCGCAGAGCAAGAUCCUUUCGAAGGUUUGGCAAAAUCGGAAAUGGAAAAGACCACAGACGACUUGCUGCAAGAGAUCUCCGAACUAAUCGAGACGCUGGCUUCCUACCAACGUAUCCGGAACUCAUCGCUGGCGACGAAUUCUCGCACCCAAGGGGUGCAAAACUCGGCUCUGGCCUCACUUGCAGGCAAUCCAUCUACGCCAUCGUCCCAGGAGUUCGACAUAUACCACAUGCUGAAAUCUCAACUGACUAUCAUGAUCUCACAGCUCCCUCCGUAUGCCGUGGCCAAAUUGAACGGCGAUCAACUGGAUGAGCUCAACAUCAGCAGAACGCUGAUCAUCGAAACGGAAGAUCAUAAAGGCGUAUUGGAGGAGGAUCAGCUCACACGACGUCCAGUUGCUGCCAGCACCCCCUCGCUCACCCGUGUGGCCUCUACAGGAUCGUCGGCACAUUACCCCGUGUCCAGCACUCAGUAUGCACGGCCUACCGCCACACCCAGCACCGUCGUGGCUCGUCCAUCACAGUCUGCUCAUUCUUAUUACCCCCAGCAGCAGGCCGCACACCGUUCGCCGUCUGUCCACUAUCCGCGGUCGACUACCGGUGCUCCGCAGUCGUAUCAAAGCCAGGCAGUAUCCUAUAGCGCCAACACACCCAAGCCUGCGUACGGCGUCGGCCAGUACGGGCAGCAGACACCCAAGCCUACCUAUGGCCAGGCCACGACGGGCCAAUAUUAUACACAGCGACCGGCUGCACCGGCGCCUAGCUAUAGUACCGGUCCUGCUCAGAGAUACUACCAGUCCACACCCCAGCCUCAAUCCAGCCGAUAUGCUCCGCAACAGCUGCAGAACGGUUAUUAUCAACGCCCGCAGAAUGGAACCUAUAUGCAGGGAGGCACUGGCGCAUAUGCCCCUAAUCCCACCCCCAGCGCACGUACCAGUUCACCCAUGAAGCCGAUACCCUCGGUUGGGCAGGCAAACUUUCCUGCCUCUCGUGCUAGCUACAGUACACCAGUGGCCAGUGGUGCGGCGCGCAGCACUUACUAUCCGCCAGGAGGAGCUGCUGCAUCGCAGUAUGCAACGCCGCAGCCCUCUACUCCUUCUGCAGCCCCGGCUGGAGGGUAUAACGGCAUGGUUGGUAAUCAUUCGCAGAUGAUGCUUGACAGGCAACAGGCACAGUAUGCGACACAAUCACAGGCGCGGCUAGCAGCUCAGAAUACCUUCCACGGGCCCGGGUCGGGUACGCCACAGCCACCCACUCCUCAGCAUGGGAGCCAACCGCCGGCGAACGGAGCUCCCAUGAUAGCCCAAUAGGGAAUGCUCUUCGCCGAUGCUGAAGCAAAGCGAGGGAGUUGUGGUGUUGAGGUUUUUGCUGGUUGGCGUUGUUUCUGAAGACGGCGUUUGGAUACAGCAUUAGACGCGUAGGUGUUCACGGUCAUUAAAUGGGAGGAUACCAGCACGGAGUUGAAGUGGGAUUCUUCUGUGAUAUUGUAUAUCAGUAUGAGAUACUUUGGCGGUUGUUAGGCGAGAUCAGGGCCGCCCUCUGUCUGUGAGCGGCCAACGUGGAGUUAUGUUUAGCGUCUGGUGCAGGACCAGGUUUAAUCCGCAACCCUAUACCUCUGUUGACGCAUAUAAGUGUUCUGAAUUGUGCAUGUAGAAUUUAC